UUUUUUUUUUUCCUUUUCAACUUUAUCAGAAAAGUUUAAUUUACUUCUAAACAAAGAAAAACCACAAUGUCUUACUCUACUGCUUGUUGUUCUAUUCCUCCAGUUUCUUCAAACUAUGAAGCUAUUGGUGUCAUGGAAAACGUUGGUGAUUUGGAAGUUUAUACCGUUGGUCCUGCUGAUGCCAAGAAAGCCAUUGUAGUCAUGUAUGAUAUCUUUGGUUUACAUCCCAAUACAAAACAGUUUGCUGAUCUUCUUGCCAAGUAUUGUAAAUACAAGGUAGUCAUGCCUCACUUUUUCAAAGGACAUGACUGUACAAUGGAAAUUCUUCAAGAUAGACCUCGUUUGAUGGAAUGGAUUGGUAAAUAUGGAUCUAUCGAAGUGAUUACUCCUCAACUCAAUAGCGUGGUAGAAUGGUUGCGAUCCAGUGGUAUUCAUAUUGGUGGUAUUGUUGGGCUUUGCUGGGGUGCUAAGAUUGCUGCUCAAUAUUCUGCUAUUGAUUCCCCUCGUUUCUUUGCUGGUAUUGUCAUGAUUCAUCCUUCUUUUGUUGACAACAAGGAUGCUGAAGUUGCAAGUGCUCCUGUUCUUGCUCUUCCUUCCAAGGAUGAACCUGAUAUGGUAUACCAAAAAAAAAAAGUUGAUAUGAGUGUAGUAGUUGUACUGAUGAAUCAUGUUGAUUUUAUGAUAGACUGAAUAUAUGGAUAUCCUCUACAAGAAACCUUUUGGCAAACUCUGCAAGCAUCACCGAUUUGAUGAUAUGGUCCACGGUUUUGUUGGUGCUCGUGGUGAUUAUACUGAUGAAUUGAACCGCAAACGUUCUACUGAAGCUAUUCAAUUGACCGUCAACUUCUUCAAUGAAUGCAUCUCUACCGCUACCCCAACUCUUUAGGUGAUUAUCUUUUUGUAAUUUGUAUUUUUUUUUAAUAAAUGUAUUUUUUUUAUUAUUUGUUCCUUCAAAAAAAAAAAAA